AGGGCACUAGUGUAGUGAGCCACUGCUAACUUAACGCUGCCUCGGGAACGAGUCUGUGACAGAAACUGUCGUGUGGAAACAAAUAGUAGUGCAACUUGUUGGACUUUAAAAGUUCCCACGAACUCGAAACAAAAUGAGAACCAGCGAUGAGAAGGAGGAAUAACUCGCCUUGUGACGAGCACCAAAGCUCAGAUGCAAGCACGCUUCUGAACCAGGGGACGGAUGUGAAAGACAAGACAGAGGCUGGCAGAGACACGGACAAAGUCAUGGGGCGGAAAUGCAGAAGGAGUGGUUUGAUGUGGAGGUUGAGGAGGAUCUUCCUCUGGGUUUUGGGGAUCUACGUUGCUAUUCCAUUCAUCAUCAAGCUCUGUCCUUCCAUCCAGGCCAAGCUGGUCUUUUUAAACUUUGUGAGGGUGCCGUAUUUUAUCGAUCUUAAGAAGCCACUGGAUCAAGGCCUGAACCACACACACAACUUCUACCUUCAGCCCGAGGAAGAUGUUGAUAUCGGAGUGUGGCACACAGUACCAGCCCUACUGUGGAAUGAGGCGCAGGGAAAAGAAGGAAACUGGUAUGAAAACAAACUCAAGUCCUCUCACCCAGUCAUGCUCUAUCUGCAUGGCAAUGCAGGGACCAGAGGAGGAGACCACAGAGUGCAGCUCUAUAAGGUCCUUAGUUCAUUAGGCUACCAUGUAGUCACAUUUGAUUAUAGAGGUUGGGGGGAUUCAGAAGGCAGCCCUUCUGAGAGAGGGAUGACACAGGAUGCUCUCUUCCUCUACCAGUGGCUGAAACAGAGGAUCGGUAACACUCCGCUCUACAUCUGGGGCCACUCUCUAGGAACCGGAGUGGCCACUAACUUAGCCAGGCGUCUGUGUGACAGAGGAACGCCACCUGACGCUGUUAUCCUGGAGUCUCCUUUUACCAACAUCAGGGAAGAAGCCAAGAGCCACCCUUUCUCUAUGGUUUACAGAUAUCUGCCAGGCUUUGACUGGUUCUUUUUGGACUCGAUCGCUGCCAACGACAUCCGAUUUCCCAGCGAUGAGAAUGUGAAUCACAUCUCCUGCCCAAUCCUGAUUCUCCAUGCUGAAGACGAUCCUGUCGUCCCUUUCCACUUGGGGAAAAAGCUCUACAAUGUAGCGUCUCAGUCUAAGAGCCUGAAUGGACACAAGGUGCAGUUUAUUCCAUUUCCCAGCAGUCAGGGCUACAGGCACAAGUUCAUCUACCGCAGUCCCCAGCUGCCUGACAUACUCGGUGAUUUUCUCAGCACAACUCAUCCACACGUAUAGGUUGCAAGCUUCUACCAGAUUACCCUUAACCCCCUUACACACACACACACACACACACACACACACACACAAUAUGCACCUGUGCAUUCCGUACUCCACUAAAUCACCUGAAGACCAGAGAACGGCAAGCGAGAUGAAGAGAUGAACAGAGGAACGGAGGAAAGGCAGCUUGAGCACAACAUAUGCAAAGAAAUAUGCAAACCCGAACAGAAACCGGAUGCGUGUCAGAGACACACUGCACAGUAGCUUAGAAGCUUGUGAGAUCGCAUGCGAUGUAUUUGAUGAUGUCGUCAUUCCUCUCUGCAGCAGCUGCUACUCUACUGAAAUAAUCACAAGUAGAGCUUACUGGACCUUUUAUCCAUUUGGUGUCAACUUUAAUCUUGUGAGAUUUAAAGUCAAUACAUUAUUUUAUUAAUAAUUUAAAAAAAAAUAUUCCACCACGAUGCAGAAUUAAAGAGAUAAUUAUAAUUUUAAAAAAUGGACUCGUACUUUUUCAGAUUGCUAGUGAUGACAAUCUCAAAAUUAUAAACAUUGAACUCCUUUUGGAUUUUAGGUUCAGUUUAAACACAACAGACAUAAAGGUCACAACCUUCAGUCUUAUUCCCUCCUAUACCUUAUAACAUGUUUGUUUUUUGUUUGUUUGUUUGUUUGUUUUUUACAUUUAAUUUUAUUAUAAUCUCCCUUUACACAUUCCAGACAUGAAGUUAGUAAAAGUUUGACCUUAAUUUUGGACUGAUAUGAGAUGUUUAUUUCAACUCCUAUAAUGAACUUAUAUUCUAUUAUACCUCUAGAGAUUUACUGGAUGGAAUUAUGAGACCCUACAGAACUUUUACAAAUAUCUAAACCAGUCUCAUUAAUAGUUAUAUAGCGAUCUGUGUGUGUAUACAUCUAAAUACAUCGUUAUCGUGACGUUCACAGAAAAAUAUCAGACUUGAGACACGGGACAAUAUUUUUGAGUAAUCGGUCACAUGGAUUGAAAUUCGCACUCUACGGAUAUAUAAAAGUUUUGCACUUUAGAUGUAAAUAACUACAUACAAAUAAAAUAAUCCACUGAAGGCAGACUUUUUAAAUUAGCCUUUAAACGUUGUCAAUACAAGGCUGUGUAUUUCAUUAGCUAGCUGAGAUUUACUACGGUAAGCCAUACACUCGCUUUACUGAGCUCAAACGUCUCCUGGACUGUGCAGCAAUAAUGUACUGUACUGGUUUCUUACCACAGUGAAAAUAUACUAGGUCUAGGCUACAUAAAGUCUACAUAAAGCGUUAUGAGCCAUAGGUCAACAUGAUGUUCUGAAUGUAUUUUGGUUUUGCGGUGUAAUCCGUGCAUUGAGAGGUUGCAGGGGUUAAAAAAAAAAUCCCUGGAUUAUAACAAGCAAUGAUUAAAAGAGUAUUUAUCGUAUGUAAAGAGGAUCGUCGGGUGGUUAGCUAACAUGCUAUCAUCAUUAAAUGUUCCUGACUUCCUGUGAGUUUGGAUUUGUUAGCCAUGUUAGCAUUUCUGUACCAGUUGGUAUCAUUAAAGAUCAGACCCAAACGUUACAUAACGUCGGCUGAAAGACCGAACAUGAAGGUGACCGUAUUGAAGUAUAUGUGUUCUAAGGAAGUGUGUGUGUGUGUGUGCCUACGCAUGUGCGAUGUUAGCAUUAGCAUUACUAGUCUCUGAGUACAUGUUUUCAAAGAGUGUCCCCUAGACUAGGUCCGUGUCCUCUACACAUUACAUAGCAACCCCAAAGCUAAACUUCUUGUUAUUCUUAUCGUUGUCUGUUCUGUAUCUAGCUCAUGGCCUGCUUGCUACAACACUAAUUAGAGGCUAAUGAGAAAAGACAACACACAAAUCUGUAAAGAAACAUGACCCCUGGGCUUUAUUCUGCAUAAACAUAUCAAGCAUUCCGUUUUGUUUUAUUCCACAAACAUUUCUGUGUUCAAAUCGACAUUUUCUCCUAACGCAUCAUGGGAAUCGCAGAGUCGCCUAGAAACACAGAUCAUAUCACACGAACCAUCAAAAACAGUCAAUUUCAAUAGAUUUUUAUGGAUUAUUUCAUUCAGAACUCAGAACAUUUCUCAGUGUGAUUAUCUAGUGGACUGAUUCUUUUUUCUUCUUCUUUUCUUUCCCUAAAUGUGUGACCAAAGCUUUGAACAAAUCACCUGAAACUCUUUUCUUUUUCUUUCUUUUUUUUUUUUGUAUUUACUUGUUUUGGUAUCAGACGCAUGUUAAAUACUUACUAAAACCUAGAAAACUUUUUUUCUUGCCUGUAAUUUAUAUUAACAUUAUAUAGAGAAAGACUGAGCUACUGACCUCUCUGUUCAAAUUCCCUUCAGCUGCCUUCGUCUAAGACCAAACACACGAUUUCAGCAUAGUUGCAAUCUGUUUUAAAUACUUUUAUGAAUUUGUCUUAUUUACAAACGGUUACUAGGGAUUUUUUUUUGGUGUAAGUAGCAUGUGGUUUACAGUUGUUGUUUUUUUUGUUUGUUUGUUUUUUUAAGCUGCUAAAACUUACUUUACUACUGGACACAUCAAGACUGUAUAGUCUCUCUGUUUGUACAUAAUAAAGGAUUGAACUCA